CAAUGAUUUAUUGAACGUCGAGUGACAUGUCUUGGGUAUCUUUGCUUUUACUUUGAAAUUACGACGUGAACAAAAGGAGGAGUCUAAACCCGGAAGUAAACAGUACAGUCAGAAGCGGAUCGAUCUGAAAAUCGUGCCGACUCGGAGAUGUUAGAAAAUGUUUAACUUCACCUCUGCUUCUCCGUGGACACAUCAGUGGAGCCACUGUUUUUAGACACACAUACAUAAACUCGGAGAACCGAGAUGAACAGCGAGCUCUUCCGUCUGAGCGAGAGGCUCGUGUCCUCCUCCUCGUAUGUGCGGCAGGGCCUGCAAGCUCGGCGCGGGCACGAGCAGCUCAUCAGACUGCUUCUGCAGCAGGGCAAAUGUCCAGAGGAGGGGUGGAGCGAGAGCACCGUCGAGCUCUUUCUGAACGAGCUGGCAGUCAUGGACAGUAAUAACUUCUUGGGGAACUGUGGUGUGGGCGAGCGAGAGGGCCAGGUCGCCUCAGGCCUGGUGGCCAGGAGACAUUACAGACUGAUUCAUGGCAUCGGCCGCUCGGGGGACAUUGCUGCUGUUCAGCCCAAAGCUGCCGGGUCAAGCCUCCUGAAUAAAAUCACUAACUCAGUCGUGCUGGACGUGCUCAGAUUUACAGGUGUUAGGAGCGUGUCCUCGUGUUUCGUGCUCCCUAUGGCCACAGGAAUGAGUCUGACGCUGUGUUUCCUCACACUGAGACACAGGAGGCCAGGAGCGCGAUAUAUUCUCUGGCCUCGCAUCGACCAGAAGUCCUGCUUCAAAUCCAUGCUGACGGCUGGCUUUGAGCCUGUGGUGAUCGAGAAUGUGCUGGAAGGAGAUGAGCUGAGGACAAACCUGGAGGAAGUGGAGAGGAAGAUCGAGGAGCUGGGAGCCGAGAACAUCCUGUGUGUCCAUUCCACCACUUCCUGUUUCGCUCCACGUGUCCCUGACAGGCUCGAGGAGCUUGCUGUUCUGUGUGCAAAGCAUGAUAUUCCUCAUAUAGUCAAUAAUGCUUAUGGAAUGCAGUCAUCCAAAUGUAUGCACCUUAUUCAGCAGGGGGCUCGCGUUGGGAGAAUCGAUGCCUUUGUCCAAAGUCUUGAUAAAAACUUCAUGGUCCCGGUCGGCGGUGCCAUCAUCGCAGGCUUUGAUGAGAACUUCAUUAAGGAUAUCAGUAGGAUGUAUCCAGGUCGCGCUUCUGCGUCCCCGUCUCUAGACGUCCUCAUUACGCUGCUCACACUGGGAGCCAACGGCUACAAGAAACUCUUGGCUGAGAGAAAGGAGAUGUAUGGCCACCUGGCGCAGGAGCUGAGCGCUCUAGCCGAGAGACACGGAGAGAGACUGCUGCAUACGCCACACAAUCCAAUAUCACUGGCGAUGUCUCUGACGUGUCUCCAGACACACAGCACCGCAGCAGUCACGCAGCUGAGCUCCAUGCUCUUCACCAGACAGGUGUCUGGAGCCAGAAGAAGAGACAUUGUGUUUAGAGAAGAAACAUGCUCCACUCUUUGACAACCAGAAGGUAACUACAUACUUAAUUUUGUCUCUUGUGAUAUAAUACAUAGCCUAACUAACCUAACUUUUUGUUUACAUUUUGUUAUACAGUUUAUACAGAAAAGUGCUUGUUAUCCUUUAAUAAACGACAGCUUACAAUGUACUUCCUGUAUACUUUAUACUCGAUGACUGAUUGAAUAUGUUACAUCCCAAAGCAACAUUUUCUCUUCUCUUACAGUAAUAGUUCAGCCAAAAAUGAAUAUUUGCUGACAAUGUACCCCCAGGUCAUCAAAGAUGUAGAUGAGUUUGCUUCUUUAUCAAAAUAGAUUUGGAGAAAUGUAGCAUUACAUCAGUUGGUUCCUCUGCAAUGAAUGGGUGCCGUCAGAAUGAGAAUCCAAACAGCUAAAAACAUCACAAUAUUCACAAUAAUAUUAUCAAUAAAAAGCCUGGAUGGACUCCAGUCCAUCAAUUAACAUCUCAUGAAGGCAGAAGUAAAAUCAGUGGAGUUUUUUCAGUGGAGGAAGCAAUAUUACAGAUAGAGGAGUUAUACAGAUUGAAAUUUAAACAUCUUAAUGAUGGAUUUGUUUAAUGCAAAUACCCAGCUUUUGGAUUUUGGUGUGGAUUGUUUGUGGAUUGUUGUGAUGUUUUUAUCAGCUGUUUAGACUCUCAUUCUGACGGCACCCAUUCACUGCAGAGCAUCCACUGCUGAGCAAGUGAUGUAAUGCUACAUUUAUCCAAAUCUCUUCCCAUGAAGAAACUCAGCAAAAAUCAGCAAAUUUUCAUUUUUGACUGAAUUAUUCCUUUAAUAUCUUCUGCUGGACACUAGUUGACCUGCUGUAAUAUUAAUGAAACCUUCUUUCUGCUGUCCACUUUCAUUAUUUAAAUGGGAGUCAUUCUCAUUCUCAAGGGUUUAUACUGUAGCAUUAUCCUCUCCACCUCCUUUUAGUCUGUCACAGACUAUGGACUCUAUCUGCAGUGAAUAAAUAUGACAGGAGAAUUUACGACUGAGCUAAGUGUCUGCAGUGAAUUUAGAAAGAGCAGUGUAAAACUCUGAACUCUGCUGGAAAAAACCACUGUCUGUAUCUGCAUAAUAGAGAGACUCUAUUUGUCCUUUAAUUAUCUUUUAGAGGACCAGUUUAAUUUAUCAUAAUUGGCUAGAAAUGAAUCACUAUAGUGGUAAUAUUAGUAUGGCAUAAUUAAUGGAGAACAUUGUUUUUAUUGUCCAACUGACAUACCCUUAGAUAAAGUACAUCUAAAUUUGGUUUGUAUACUGGAUUUGCUGUGCAUUCAUCAAAAGUCUGCUGUAUUAUUUUAAAGUAAAAAAAAUACAUUAUUACAAAGUGCACUUUUUAAAAGUGUGCUUAAGUGUGUUAAACUUGGUCACUUAAGUUAAUAUUAUAUUUUCUGCAAGUAGUUUUUUUUUAUCUAAUUUUAAGAUUUGAAGUACGUUGUAAGUGCACAUUCAGUACAAUUAAGCGCACUUCUUUUUCACAAGACUUGUUCAUUGGUGUAAUAUUUCACUGCAGGGUCAUCCCGCUGGGUUUGGAGCAGACCGUGAGCGGACACACGUUUCGUGGCUUCAUGUCGCACACAGAUGCCUAUCCGUGUCCGUACCUUAACGCAGCUUCUGCUAUUGGAAUAACCAGAGAUGAUAUAACACUGU